AUGGAUACUCUUGUGGUAAUGAGAAAACCUUUAAGAAAUAAAUCAACAUUGACGACGAAGUCGAGGCUAUCUUACAGGUCAAAUAGUUUUGCUUCAGAUUCUCAAAACUUACCACCCGCCCCAGGUGUAGCGACUGGCGGGAUCCAAGGUUCCCAAAAUCCUAAGAUAUGUUUCGUAAAACUAUAUAAUGAAUGCUUACGCCACGCCAGCCAUCAACCAUAUAACCAAUUCUCGUGCUCACCAAGUCACAUGAAAAAACAUUGCAAUACUCCGACGAAGCAGAUUUCGAACGAGUCCAUGUUCACUUGCUACAAAGAAAGCGCGUGCGGCUUACGAACCCUGCAAGAUUACAACAAUGUUCAAAUAAGCGCACCCAUCCGAACGCCUCAAGUUGAUUUGAUGCUUGAAGUAGACUACAAUACAAACUUUUACAGAUAA